CGCUUAGCCCGUUGAGCCACACCGCCGCGCAUUUUUCAUUGGAUUGCAUAACUUAUAUUUUACUUAUAUAUUCUGUUGUUGAUUGCUAGUUGUUGGUAAUUGCUCAUGAUUAUGUGGUGUGACUGUGACAAAAGCAAUAUGGAGGACACCAAAAAACAGCUAACCCCAUCUAAUAACCAAUCAUCUAUGACCAGCUCAGAAGGAAUCAUUACUUCAAUGUCAAAAUAUUUUAAUAAUCCUGAGAUGAGCGAUGUGACUCUAAAACUUGGGGAAACAAGGUACCAUGCUCAUAAAUUUGUGCUUGGACUCAUGAGUGAUGUAUUUCGGACAAUGUGCUCACAAAGAUGGGAUGGAGAUCAUAAUGAACUUGAAAUUCAAGAAUGUGAAGAUUGUGUCCCAAUUUUUGAAAGCUUUUUAAGAUUUUUAUACUGUGGCGAUAUUGAAGUUGAUAUUACAUCUGCAUUACCAUUGCUUAUGCUAGCUGAUAAAUAUAAUGUUCAACCACUAAAAAAUAAGUUCGAGCAGUACAUGAAUAAAACUGUGAAGGAUGGAAGCGUCACUGGAGCAUUGAGAUGGCUAUCAUAUGCUCAAGUAAGCGGCCAUGGAGUUUUACAAAAUGCUUGUGUUGAUGUUGUCGUUACCAAAAUGGAUGAGGUUGUAAGCUCUGAGGAUUUUCUUCGACUUGAACAUGAUUUCCUUGUCACUCUUCUUGCUCGUGAUGAUCUAGUCGUUCUUUGGGAAAAAACUAUAUUUGGUGCUGUUGUUCGAUGGGUUACCGCUCAGUAUGACUUAUCCACUGAACAACUACAAUCUCUCUUAUGUCUGAUUCGAAUGCCGAUGAUGCUACCUGAGCAACUUUAUGAAAUAGAAAUAUCCACUUUUUGCCAAACAUACAAACAAAUACUCACUCCUAUGUUAGCUAAUGCUCAUAGAUUUCGAUCAAUAGCUACCGAUGUUCAUAGUAAUUCUUUCUCGGAUUCCAAUUUCCGUCCAAGGAAUUAUACUCAUCGAUUGUGGUGCUAUUUUCUAACUGUUGAUACAAAUGGUGAAACAUUUUAUGAAAAUUCAGUUGGUGUGCCAUGUGUGAAUCAUCCUGUUCUAUCUCCGCCAGAACAAUACUGGCAAAUACGAAUUCGGGGCGAGAAAAAAAAUCCACGUAGCUCAAGCAGCAAUAAGUCCACAGUGUUACCAAAUUUGGGAUAUGUGUUUACUCCGACAACAUCCAUGAUGGAGAAGAGUGUCCCUCUGGUAAUGACGGUCACACCUUUAAGGCCUAUAAAACACCAUGUCGUUGUUGAUGUUUCUUUAUAUCAGGUAAAAAAAGAAAAGAUAGUUAGGUUACUAUGUGAGUCAUCCAUUAAAUUUGCUCCUGAAGAGUAUUUCAUGCGAAUUGAAAGCGGUGACAGACAAAAUAAAUUUGGCACUUUGCAAUCGUCAUCAAAUCUGAUACCACAACAAUCCCCACCUCGUGCUGGUCCUCCAAAAUUCAGUCCUACACCAAUGAAUUUUGCUGUUAUGUUUCAACAAUCGCAGCCUAUGGAGCGUCAUGAAGUUAAUCUUCAUUACAACUUUCUAUCCCAUGAUCUUGACCAUCCUGCAGAGGUGCCUUGUUUCAAGUUCAACGGGCCAUUGAGAAUGACAAAUUCUGUAAGAGUAGCAAUAAUAUUUAAGCCAAGAUUUGUGACAAAUGGUAACGGGCGGGAUAUAUCGGGAUCAUCACAAAUACUUGUGUCUACCAAGGAAGUAGCAGGCGCUUCAGGAACAUCUACCGCUUCGAUUGAAGAAAAUGGAUCUGGAACAGAUUUAGGAAACUUUCCAUUAUAAUUACUGUCAUUUUCAGUAACCCUAUGGUACAAUUUAUUUAAUGACUCGAGAUUUGUUUAUUGCAUGUUAAUAAAACAUUGUCAAAUACUGCCUACUUCGUCAUCAUUCAUUUGUUGCAAUCUAAUAUUUUUAUUUCAAAUUUUUUUGGCGAUCCAUCAUAAUCAGCAUGCAUAAAAUGUUGUUUUCUGAAUUUUUUUUGUUUAACUUUGAGUUUUAUAAAAAAAAUUGAGGUUAAUAAUGGCAUGAACGGAUGUUUCUAAUAUUUUGGAAUAUUUCCGAAUCAGGCCAUAAAUGCAUGUUUCAAUCAUUUUGAAAUUAUUCUUGGUGGUAUCUCCUUUUCAUUAUUGACAAGUCAACACAAGUGCCUAAUUUGUAUUUUUUUCAUCAGUUACUUCAGUUAUAUUAGUUUGCUAUAAUUUAUUUGGUGAAUUUUGUGUUUAAUAAUGUGUUUCUUUACAUUCGUUUUAAAACAAGAUCUUGAAAUACUUUUUGUCAUAAUUCUGUGUGGAAGAUUCAUGCAAGUGUCACUUGAAAUUGUAACAAACCGCAAGGACGAUAUUCUAAUCCGCUAUUCUCUUAAGUACCAGAAGUUGAAUCUUCAUCAUUAUGUAUGAUUUACCAUGCCUAUUUCAUGAGGAGAAUUUCCCGAUAAUAUGCCAUAUUUUCAUCGUGUUAUAUGCCUUUAUUAUAGUUCUGUAUUUAAUACUGCUAGUCAUUGCAUAGGUCUUUUUCAUUUCUCUUAUUGAUUAACUUUGUCAUUUUAAAGUGUGAUCAACCAGACUCAGAGUAUCACGCUAGUAGGUGUGUUUUGAACUUGGGUAUUCAUAUUCGAAUUCUAGUAAAUGCUGGUGUUGUAUUUGUAACACUAAAUUUUUUCUGUUCUUGUUGUACUUGCUCAAAGUGUUAAUUGAGGGUUUUGGCGGUUGGCACUAAUAGAAACUAGCACUAAAUAACAAGUUAGCUUUUCUCAUCUUUCAUGCUAGAUUUUCUUGUUAUAUGCUUAUAAAUUAUCAAAGUGGUUACCAUAAAAGUUUAAAAUUUUGUGCCAGUUAUUGAUUUUAUUUCAAGAGAUCUAAGUUUAUCCAAAUGAGGUUAAGUAUUGAUUAUUUUCAAGUGUGUUGUUCAUAUCUGUUCACCUUGCCAUUUCACCUUUAGCUCAUUCACAUUAUUUUUACAAUUUAGUAGUCAUUGGAGAUAUAAUUUUGUUGUUGCAGAGUGCAGACCUUGGGCCUUGAAUCAUCUCGAUAUGAAACUGAACUGCCAAAGCUGUUAUGCAUUUGUUAUAAGCAUAGUUUUAAUGACUACCUAUAUCAAAAUUUGAGACUAUAACAACUUCUUCAUAUAUUGACUUGUAGACCUGUUUGUGUGAGUGUCACAAAUAGUGUUUGCCAUAAACAAAUUGAAUUACCGUACCCAUACAGUGUAUAAAAAUGAUCCUUUGAUGCGUGCAACAUAUUUUGUUGAACAUUUCCACUUAUUGUAAUUGAAUAUCAAUCUUUGAUAUCAAAGGUAUAACUGUUUUGUGGAAUAUAUUGUCUGAAAGUAUGAUUUUUUUGCAAUAGUACAGUGAUGUUCAAAAGUCACAGAAUACAGAUCUAAAAAGAUGUAGAAUUCACAAAUGUAGAACUCUUUCAAACUAUUUACAAAAAUAGAAAUUUAUACUUUAUAUUCUGUGGUUAGAAAAGGAUUGUUUUCUUUUAGUUUUAUUUAUCUAUUGGAAUGCCUUCUUUUUAUUUUAUCAUUUUUGUGCAAUCUUGGUUGGUUAUGGUGGAAUAUUUAUUAGUUGCAGCAAUUUUUAUAAAACUGAAUUUAUGUUUAUGGUACAUGCAAAUUUAGCUGUAUGCUCCUUUCAUGGUUGAACAAGUAGUAUCUUUUUCAAUAAUCAAAAAAAGAAAAUCGUUAUUCAUUUCUGUCUUAUAUUCUUUAGA